AUGUCCAUUUGGUUGCGUGCCGGUUGGAGAUUAGGCAGUGUGCAGGGCCGGUAUAUUUACCAAAGUGCCGGUGGAGAUCAAUUCGUGGGACGAGCAGCGUCAGGGCUCAAUGUUAACGUCACCUCCUUUGUCGCCCUUCGACCUCAUUUCCAUGGUGCUGCAUUGUCGGAUUUCCAGUGGGAUGCCAUUUUGCCUGGAUUUACAACGUUCUAUCCUGCCACAUUUCGAUCGGUCAUUCCUUUCCUGUUGGCGUCGCUCGUGUACCACUGCAAAUGGCGCAAGGCUACGCUUGCAGUCGACCAUCCACUGUUUUUGUCGCAUGUGUGGACGAGCGGCACGAUUCCGUCACUCGCCACCCACGUCCUCUCAGGUGUUCUUAAGAACAAGAUAUCUGGACUGGUGGCAACUGGAAUACCACCGCAUAUUCCCUUGUCUCUGCAAGUCGCAUCGGUAAAGUCCAUCGUCCAAAAAUUCAAGGUUGAAAUUACCAAAAAACUGAAAAAAGUGCCAGAGGAAGUCGGCAAAGAGUUGCGCGAGCACAUGCACAGCUCUCGUGGCGACCCAGUCACGAUGGAUGUGCUCAACAAUUCAUUACGUGUGUUUGGCGAUACGAUGCUACGAAGGAUUGAAUUGUUGACAUUGCCACGUGCUACGAAUUGUGUGGCCGCGGUCACAGGCUCGCCCCCAACGGUUCCCUCCACCAACGAAUGGUGGGCUUACCCGCGUGGCCUGCAAACGUCCAAAUUGUCGUGCCCUAAAGGAAAAGUGUUUGACAUAUGGAACCUUUGGUGGGACGGGAGCCGCAGCGACGGUGUGCCGCCAUUUCGUGCCUGUACCUCCAAGGAUUUUGCCUCGAGAGCGGAGCAAUCCAACUUCUUCAAGGCCAAAAAGGUGAUCUUCGCCCUCCUAUCAUGCACAACCUUGUCGACGCAACAGAUCAUGGUCAUUGACAUACCUGGGCGCAACAAGUUGUUUUGCGACUGCUUGACUGCCUUGUGCCACCGCCUCCUUGGAGCGAUCAACGCAGCAGACGAUGGCAAGAGACGCAUCGCGGAUAUGUGCUAUCACUCCAUGUACGACCAAAUUAAGAAACAAUAG